CAGGGAGGAUCUUAAUAGAAUGGGGAUUUCAACUAGAUCGAAUAACCAGAGACCCGAUCAAUUUAGUGCUUUCAGAACUUAUGCUCAAGAAAGAAAAGCAGCCAAGCCAGCAAUGGCUCCUGUGAAUCCAUAUGCUAAUGCCAAUGUGAAUGGUGAUGGGAAUCCAUAUGCCAACGGAGGAGAAUCAGAAGAAGGAAAUCCAUACGGAGCAAAUGAAGGCAAUCCAUAUGGAGCAAACGAAAAUAAUCCAUACGGAGGAUCAAGUAAUCCAUACGGGGGAUCAAGUAAUCCAUACGGGGGAUCAAGUAAUCCAUACGGAGGAAGCCAAAGAAAUACAAACGGAGGAAGCCAAAGAAAUGCAAACGGGGCAAAUGGAAAUCCAUAUGGAGGAAGAAGUCAAGAUAAGCCAGCAUCUAAUCCAUACGGACAACCCCGUAGCAGCGCAUAUGGACAGAAUGGGGCUACCCAAUCUUCUGCUGCUAGUGCUCGAUCCAAUCCCUAUGCAGCACCAUCCAUAAGAACCUCAAAUAGUACUGCACCACCAUCAUAUUCAAGUCGUAUAUCCCGUCAAUCAACCCGAACAACCAUGGAUACUAAUGAUACCGAAUCACUUGAUUUGAAUGAAGUUCCCACCAACCAACCACCAGUAAAGCCUAGAGCUGUACGCAAACCAAGAUAUGAUGACGAAUCAACGCUCGAUUUGAAUGAAGUUGAAGAUGAAGAAGAUUUAAAUGUUGAAUUAGAUGAUGAAUUACCAGAAGAAGAAGAAGUCAAUUCAGAAGAUGAAGAAGUGGAAGGAAUUAAACAGGAUAUUAAAUAUUAUAAACAAGAAUCACUAGCAUCAACUCGUAAUACAUUACGUAUGGCACAAGAAGCCGAUGCUUCAGGUACCAAUACUUUGGGAAUGUUGGGAUCCCAAUCAGAAAGAUUAUAUAAUGCAGAACAAAAUUUACUUUUAUCAGACACCCAAUCUAAAAUUGCCGAUGAAAAAGUUAAAGAAUUGGAAAGAUAUAACCGAACAAUUUUCUUACCAGCUACUUCAAUUAAUCCAUUUAAUAAAAAAUCUCGUUUACGUCAACAAGAAGCUAAAAUUAAAGCCAAUAAGACUCAAGAAAAAUACAUGAGAGAAGCUAAUAGAAAAGGCGUUUACGAAAGUGAACAAAGAUUAAAAGAAGGUAUUACAAAUAGUGCCACCAAUAGUGAACUUCAUGCUAAAUAUCAAGGAGAAAAAUCAUUAAAAGAAGCUCAAAGAUAUCAAUUUGAAAAUGAUCUGGAAGACGAUGAAAUGGAGAAAGAAUUGGCUAGUAACUUGGAUCAAAUUGCUGCUUAUUCUAAGAAAUUGAAAAACUCGGCCGGGGUCAUGGGUCAAGAAGUCGAUACUCAAAAUACCCGUUUAAGAAAAAUCGAAGACGAUGCCGACAGAUUGGAUAUUAACGUUCACUUAAAUAAUACAAGAUUAAACCGUAUUCGUUAACCAUAAUACUUAUUCAAUUCGUACCUUAAUAUUUAAUACAUAAUACAUUAUUCAA